AUGACUCAACUGUUCGUAGAAGACUUUCGGAGAAUGGUAGAAGGGCAAUUUGUCCACAGAAAAAACAGCUUCUAAUUGAACGAAUAAAGAAAAAAGGCUACUGUGGGCCAAAAAUACUCUAAUUGGACUAUAGGCGACUAGAAAAAAGUCCUAUUUACAGAUGAAACCCACUUUAUAGCUCAGGGACAGCGGUCGAAAUUCGUCAGGAAGUCUGACAAUGAAAAGCUUACACCACCUCAUAUUGAUCAAACCGUAAAACAUCCAGUCAAGAAAAUGUUUUGGGGAUGUUUUUCAUACAACUCCAAAAAUGUCAACCCCAAGGAGGAGCGAUUCUUCAACAGGACUCUGCUUCCUGUCACAAAUCAAAGGAAAUGAUGGCAUUUUUCAAAAAUAAGAAGAUUAAUGUUUUAGAUUGGUCCGGUAAUUCGCCCGACCUCAACCCCAUUAAAAAUUUAUGGGCCAUUUGCAAAGCUAGACUGCGAAAAAUCGACUGUACCACUAAAACAAAAAUGAUAGAAGCGGCCAUUCAGGUUUGGUAUCGAGAUGAAAGGAUAUCUGACAACUGACAGAAACUCAUAGAAUCUAUGCCAAAACGGGUAAAAGUAGUAAUUGCUGCUAAAGACAUAUUUCCUACUGA